AUGGCGACCCUCUCCGGCGCAGAGCGCAUCCGCGCAAUCACAGACGAGGACGGCAUGUUCAAGGCCUUUGACACAUACCCCUGGAAGAGAGACAAGAUGUUUACAUCCGGCCUCUACGCGAUCCUUGGCGACCCAAACACGGAAAACCCCCAAGGAACCCCCACCGACCUCGCGAUCCACGCCCGGGUAUUCUACUACGCCCAGCGAAUCGGCGUGACCAUUGAUUUCGCGAAAUACAAGGAGUGGCUCGCCAAGCACCCGGAUCACACCCCGCCCGACGUCCUGCCUGAAGAGUAUAAGUCCACCAGCACAACCACCGCAGCCGGCGACGCAGUAGCAUCAUCAAAAAGCGGCGUCCCAGAUCUCACAUCAAAGCUCAACGACCUGACCACCAGCGAGGAGACUACCGCAGACGCAGGAACGGAAACAGUCACAAAAACCGGAGACGAGCCGACGCCAUCGUGGCAAGCAGCAGCGCCAAAAGUGGAUCUCUUCGUUGAACGGAAAGCGCCGUCACAGGCGGGCGCCCCAGGCCAAGGAGGCGACGAACCAGCGUACCCGAUGGGCUUUGCGCAGAUGCUGGAGAUGAUCCAGAAAGGUAUUCCCAUCCCCGGCAUCAGGCAGAUCCCAGAUACCGUGGUCAGAGAUGCAUCUGUUAAACCGUUUGGGAAACGUGCGGUGCCCAAGAAGCCAUGGGAGAAGGACAUUCCGGCUGCAGAGAUAGGCGUAGACGCGGCGGGGAAGCCAUCUGUAGUCGACUCUGAAUUUCCGCCUCUGGAAGAAGGCGCAUGGCCUGGAGCUGAGGUCGAGACUGCAGGUAAGGAAAUAUAA